CAAUGAGUGAGAUCGUCUAGACGCACUUGACACCCUCGGGUAGGGAACGCCGUCUGGCUCUCAAGACGCCUUUCACUCCGCGGGAUAGUCGAGAACGCCACGAAGAGCUCGCAAAUUUCGUCAAGCCUGAGGAACCCUGGGAUUUUGAGAAGGCAUGGCCAGCAGUCUAGAUUUUCUUCCUUAUCCACGCUGUCUCCUCGCCUGAUCUGAUCCGAUCCCUUGAGGUUCUCCCUUGGCAACCCCUGGACACCCUUUUCGGGACGCAAAGACCUAAUCCCAUCCCUUCACAGCGCGGUCUAAUUCUCGGGACAUGGCUGAGCGUAUGUGGAUGGGAGGAUAGCGCCCCCCCAACCCCCUCCCAUUAACCAUAGCCACUGUUGCACCCUAUCCCUUAACAACCGCCCUGCUUCACAGAGCUCAUCGUAGGCCCCCCCCCACCCCCCAAAAAACUGGAGUGUCUUGGCUCAAACCCAACUAUCUGAUCCUAAACCCCUAAACACUGUCACUCAGCCUGGCACUGGUGACCUCUACCUGGAGUCGUGAGCGAGUCUGGGUUUGGAGGCCCUCGAUGCGUAGAGGAUCUGGGAUGGCAAAGAGAGUGGCGUCACGCCCCAGCAGACACCCCCCACCCACUCGGACUGGUUAACGCUGCGAUCGGAGGCAUUACUGCGAGGGCAGUAUGCAGGCAGCUGACCAUCCGGCCACAAAUACUUUAACAGAGUGCAAAUUUGAGGAGCACUGUCCUGCCGUGACCCCGCCUCCCACCACCCUUGAAUCUGAACUGGAGUUUGUUCAGAUAAUAAUCAUAAUUGUGGUGAUGACCGUGAUGGUAGUUGUGAUCAUCUGCUUGCUGAACCACUACAGGCUCUCAGCCUGGGCCUUCUUCACACGACAGAGUCAGGCCCGACGCCGGGAAGAGGCAAUGCAGCCGGAGGGGUGCUCAUGGCCGACGGACAGUCUGGUGGCGCAACAAGGAGCCACUGAGGUGAUGUACGGGCCGCGUACGCAGGAGCGCUUCAACCCGCCCUCCUUUAUGCAAAGGGACCGAUUCUGCCGCUUCCAGCCCACCUACCCUUACCUGCAGCAGGACAUCGACCUGCCGCCCACCAUCUGUCUGUCGGACGGCGAGGAGCUGCCCCCCUACAAGGGGCCCUGCACCCUGCAGCUGCGCGACCCCGAGCAGCAGCUGGAGCUGAGCCGAGCCUCGGUGCGGGCGCCCCCCAACCGGACCAUUUUCGACAGCGACCUCAUAGACGUUUACGUGCACGGCGGCGGCGGAUGCGGAGGCCCGCGGCCCCCCAGCAGCAACUCGGGCAAGAGCGCCUCGAGCGCCCGCAUGGAGGGCCCGCCGCCGACCUACAGCGAGGUCAUGGGUCAGAUGCAAGGUCAAGGGUCGUCCGCCUUCCUCCACCAGCACAGCAAUAACGCGCCGCCCUCCGCCCAGCGAAACGCCACCGCGCCCACGCCACAGCCACAGCCUCCUCCGCCGCCGCCGCCACCGGCGGUCGUGGGCAUCCGAGUCGGGCACCAGCAGACUGGUAGCAGCAGCGUAAGCACAACGGUGCCCGGCAAGGCAAAGGAUAGCCAACGGGACUGAUCCCCCCCCCCUCCCUUUUCACUCCCACAAACAAACAAACAAGCAAACAGACAAAACAAAACAAAACAAAACAAACACACACGCACGCAUAUAUACUCCCAUACAAACACGUGGCGGUGAGAGACACAGGGAGGCCGAGAGAGAGAGUGGGGGAAAAACUUGAGAAAGAAAAACGAAAGCGAGAGAGCGAGGGAGACCGAAGGAGAGAGAGCGAGCAAAGACGUGCAAGACGUGGCACUCUCUAGGACUGCCCCCCCUCCCCAGCGCUCCCCCUUGCACAAUAUGAACAGAAUCGAGGAACCAAGCUUACAAAUUAUUAUUUUUUGUAUGUUUCUCUUUUUUUUUUUUUUUUUUGCUAGAAACUGUGGGCCUUGUGUGGAUGUUUUUUGGCUUAAUAGCUAUUUUUUCUGUUUGUUGUCUGUUUUUUUUGUAUGCUUACGUUUAUUUAAAAGAGAAAAAAAAGAUUGUUGGCACAGACAUUUGCUUGAACGGCCACAUGGGCCAUAGGAUUGAGGAUCUGUCUUUCGUUUGUAUUUUUUUUUUUCUUCUUCCUUUGUUCGUUCUCCUUUUUUUUGCUUUUGGGAUCUGGGCACAGACAAUUAUCCGAGUUCCAAAAUUUGAGUGCCAUGAUUCACGCAGGAGUGAAACCACCAGGGGGACGUGAGGGGACAAAAAAAUCGUAAAUAUUAAGUUGCACUAACUUAACUGUUUAAAGAGAAGAGCAUAAGGCUACCUUUCUCGUGCAUCGCUCCCCUAAAUGUGUGUUUUUUUUUGUUUUGUUUUUAAAGGCGACUAAGCAUUUUGCUUUCCUUUUCUCUUCUUUCUGUUAUCUAUUUAAAAAAAAAUACAGAGGGGAUAGAGAACUCUGAUCCAGCCUAAAUCUAUACACAACUGAACUGCAAAAUGGCACUUAAGGGGUUAACAAAAUCUGUUCAAAUGUCCAUUUCUCUUUCCUCUGAACAACUGAAUUAUACUAGCACGGAGUCUUUUGGAUGGAAGUCAUGAUACACACACAUAUAUCGCUUUCAUCCUGUCAAGUAGCACUUUAUACUUCCUGUCACCUCAGAGUUGUCGUUGGGUCCAAGAGCAGGGGACUUGUGGGAAAUGUAGUCUUAUGCACACCCAUUCACUCACUGUCAUGAGUGUGCAUCUUUUUUUUUCUUUUUUAAAUCAAAUUGUUGGUUUGCUUUAGAAGGAUCACAAGACUCCCCUGCCCCCACCACUAUCCAGUAGAUUAUAUACGAAUCUUUUUCAGUUUUGUCCACCUAUUACUUUCCGUUAGGCAGUCCUCAUGCUUACUUUGUGUUGCGUUAAGUGAUCAUUUAGAGAGGUGUAUGAAAGAUGGCUAUGACUUGUGUAGGUUUGAUCGAGGGACUGUGCCCGAAACGGUGUCGCCACAAAUCGUGCAUCAGACACAUUCCCUUGUUGCUUUUCUGUCUGUCUGUAGUCUGUAGACUGUUAAUUCGUCGUUUUUAAGCAUUGCACCCGGGAAGAACCAUCUAGAGACACAGACGGGGGGAGAAAAGCAACAAAACUGAAAAGACCAACAUACUCGUUUAUGAUUGUUAAGACUAGGUGAUGAUUGUGGACCCAAGACUGGAUGGUGUGGAUAUGUGACCUGAUGAUUAGAGAAGGACAAAUCUGAGUUGACUCGAAAAAGGAACAAGAAUUUUUCAAAGAACAAACAUUUACCCAGAACACAUAGAAUGAAAGUUACGUGUAUCCCAUUGAAUGCCAAGAGAAAGUGUGUGUGUGUAUGUGUGUGUGUGUGUGUUUUUCCCCUCUGUCUUGAGUUUUAUUUUGUUUCUAUUGUUUGUUUUUCAUAGUCCCGCAUAUGCCCAUGUCUAUCGACCACAUUCAGAAUGCUUUCAGACGCGCUGAUUGUUUUUGAUCUGUACUUUGAGAACCACUGGUCUUGGGCUUCCAAUCGAGAGAAAAAAGGCCCACAGAAAAAAAAAAGUUUUAUCAAAGCUGAAGGUAUUUAUUUUGUUAUGAAGUAUUUAUUUGUAUGUACAACCUUUUGAGACAAGUGUUUUUUCUCUUUCCCCUCUCUUCCCUUACUAGUGGCAAAGCCACUUUUGGUUAAAUGGCUGUAGGCAUAGACAACAAUACAAGCUCCUGCAUUGUUAAAAAAAAAUCCAUAUUUUGAUGAAUGACGUUCCCAUUUUUUCCCCUUACCACCAUCAUUGACAAAAACACCUAUCAUCUUAUCCCCCCACCUUUUAAAACCCUCAAGUCAUACUUAGGAAAGCCUGGUUUUGCUCCGUAAACUGACUGACUCCUCAUUGGUUUUCCUUCCUGUCACUCAUUCUGAGCGCACAGUCUGAGUUUUUUUGUCUGUUUUUGUGUGUUUCGCUGCUGCUCUGCGCUGCUACUGCUGCUGCUGUCGUCAGAUGUCCCACGUGUAGCCCUCUGUCCGCCUUUUCGCACCCCGCUGCCCCAAGCCCUCACACACACACACACACACACCUCUUAAGUAUUUUACUCUAUACCUUAUUUAGAACGAGAACUAGCUCUCACGUAUGUUUGUCUUUUCUUCUUUCUUUUCCUCAUUUAUCUUUGUUUUAUAUGUUCCCUCAUGGCUCUCUCUCCUCCCGCUGUCGUAGCUUAGACCAGACGGGGAGCGUGUAAUUAUUAUUUUUUUUUAUUUUUGUUUUUCUCUUUCCUACAAUUUUUUGUUAUGUUUGUCGACCCGAGAUGAUUGCAUGUUGUCGUCAUUGAUAGAAUUACGUGAGCAAAUUCCGUGCCUAAUGGUCAAGUUUGAGCAGACAUAGGAACCCACUUGCACUCAAAAAAAGCCCCCACCUUUGUUGUGCCUCACUUUCAACGGUGCUUUUUUCAGUAGUUUGACUCUGUUUAUUUGUACGGUGCUGUAUAUAACUUGAAUAUAUUAUGCACAUAUCCUACCCAAUGGGUAGACAACCACAAGAGAACAUGUUAAUACUGUAAUAUAAUGUAUAGAUGAUAUUAAAAAGAAAAAUUUAACACGGUGGCAUCGAGUUUUGUGAAUGCCCUACAAUUGUGCUUUGUCUUUUUGUAAAAACAGAGUAAAGUUUGCAAAAAUAAUGCUACGAUAUGGUCACAUAAUGAAUACGAAAAAUACUUCUUAUAUUUUUUCCUAUACAGUAAAUGCAAAUCUGUUAUGUGAUGAAAACAAAUAUUCUGAUAUAAGGCAGUUGUACACAGGAUAAAUAGCUGCAGCUUUUGUUACUUCCAGAGAAUAAUUAUCGAUGCCAGCGCUUGCCAUUUAUUUAUUUGACCUUUUUCGUGACUGCUAGCUGUUUGGACUUGUAUUAACCACGCUCGAACUACAGCAAAAAGACAAAAAAAGAAGAAAAAAAAAAUAACACAAAAUCUAUGAAUGAAUUGUACCAUAGCUGAUGGAAUCUAAAAUCUUUAUAAAAAGGACAUGACAUGGGAUUGAGGAAGGACUUCUUGUGAGAUGGUGGACAAUAUCAUAAAUAGUUCCGAGGGCUGGUUUCGCCCCUUUUUUGGUUCUUAAUGGAUUUUUGAACCAGCCCCUCCACAAAAAAGGGAUUUAGAUGAUGCAAGACAUACUACAGUAGUCAACAAGUUUUUUAAAUUUUUAUUUUCUUUUUUAUUUUACACAUAAUCAAGUCAUGUGUGAUGUGUAAACAAGCACUGCGAUUACCUUUUGUGCGAAUGAUCCACAGUCCAUUAUUGAUACUGUGCAUGCUCAUUUGUUCAUUUCCUCUGAAUCAUUUUUUUUGUUUUGUUUUUUGUUGUUGUAACAACCUUUCAGCAUCAAAGGUUUCUUUUGUUAUCUUUUUUUUCUAAUGCCAGGCUGUUGCAUUUCCUUUAUACGAGCUUGAAUGAACGACACAGGCUGUCCGAAUGGUGUGGUUCUUCUCUCAAUUCCAUGGAUCAAAAGAUUUUUUUCCCGGAAACAAAAACAAACCGAAAGUCACAGUGCUGUGUUUUUAUCUAUUUGCCUUCAUCAUCAUCAUUAUCACCACCAUCAUCAUCAUCGGUCAUCAUCUCUCACCACAGGACUGUAUCCAACCUGGACUGAAAAUAAAAACAUUUCUGCUUUCUCUGCCAGAAGGAAACCAGUGACUGAGGAGCCACUGCAGUGUUCUUAUGCCUUUUAUUAUUAAUAUUGAUGAUUAUUAUUAUUAAUUAUUAUUUAAGCAAUUGUGAUGUCAUCCGUUUGCAGCCUGAGGUUUGUCACUGCAAUACUUUUACAGGAAAAGGUGACUUUAAAAAAAAUAUGAAAAAAAUGGAGAGAAAAAAAAAUAAUAAAACUGUUGCUCAAAGUACUGUUGUAGUCCUUCAUGAAACAAUUCCAUGCUUGUUCUUUCGCUGUGAUAAAAUGGCUAGAGAGCGAUUAAAGUUGGGAAAAAAGAACUAUUAGAA